GGUGAGGGCGCGAUGGGGCUGAGGGCCGGAGUGGCGGAGUAGCGGCUGCGAGUGGGCGUGUUCGCUGCGAGGUCUGGCCCCGGGGCUGGAGGCCCGGGGACUUCGGGGAGCAGGUCAGAGGGCGCUGGGAGAGUCACUCACCGCUCGUCGCCCCCAGCCGGUAUGUCGGCCGAGGCCUCCGGCCCGGCGGCAACCGCGGCCCCAUCCCUGGAAGACCCUCAGCCCUCGGGGCCGGAGCCCGGCUCCGCCGCCUUCGGCCUGAAGCCCCUGACUCCGAAUGGGAAGUACGUGAAGCUGAACGUGGGGGGCUCACUGCACUACACCACGCUGCGGACCCUCACGGGACAGGACACCAUGCUCAAGGCCAUGUUCAGCGGCCGCGUGGAGGUGCUCACGGACGCCGGAGGUUGGGUACUGAUUGACCGGAGCGGCCGCCACUUUGGUACAAUCCUCAACUACCUGCGGGAUGGGUCUGUGCCACUGCCAGAGAGUACCAGAGAACUGGGGGAGCUGCUAGGGGAAGCCCGUUACUACCUGGUCCAAGGCCUGAUUGAGGACUGCCAGUUGGCACUACAGCAAAAGAGGGAGAACCUAUCCCCGCUGUGCCUCAUCCCCACGGUGACAUCUCCCCGGGAGGAGCAGCAGCUCCUGGCCAGUACCUCCAAGCCUGUGGUGAAGCUGCUGCACAACCGUAGUAACAACAAGUACUCCUACACCAGCACUUCAGAUGACAACCUACUUAAGAACAUCGAGCUGUUUGACAAACUGGCCCUGCGCUUCCACGGGCGGCUGCUGUUCCUCAAAGAUGUCCUGGGGGACGAGAUCUGCUGCUGGUCUUUCUACGGGCAGGGCCGCAAAAUCGCCGAGGUGUGCUGCACCUCCAUUGUCUAUGCCACAGAGAAGAAGCAGACCAAGGUGGAAUUCCCAGAGGCCCGAAUCUUCGAGGAGACCCUGAACAUCCUGAUCUAUGAGACUCCCCGGGGCCCAGACCCAGCCCUCCUGGAGGCCACAGGGGGUGCAGCUGGAGGUGGUGGAGCAACCCGAGGGGAAGACGAAGAGAACCGAGAACACCGAGUUCGGAGGAUCCACGUCCGGCGCCAUAUCACCCAUGAUGAGCGUCCUCACGGCCAACAGAUUGUCUUCAAGGACUAACCUUUGACCUUUCCCCUGCCUUCCUCCUGCUUCUUGGACCCAGUCUUCCUUUCUUUCUUCUCUCUUCAGACUUUUGCCCCGGCUCUGCUGGCCAAGUCGUGGGUUUUCCUUCUGUCAUGUCAUUGCAUGGUACAGUUGACUUUGGCUCUUUCCCUUCAUUUGCACUUAUAGCUAAUAACACGGUACAUUCCAGCCCCUCCCCUCAGGCAGGGCCCCUCAGAAAACUGAUACUCUCCCCCUCCUUCCCCAUUUGUGUUCUCUGGUCUUUCCCUCACAGCUAGUUUAGAACAAUUGGAAUUCCCUCUCUCUCUCUCUUUUGUAAAGUACAUUGUACAUAGUCAAGUAUUGAGCCAGCCCUUAGUAACACCCACCAAGUUCUGAGUUCUGAGCCACCUCUUACCCUGACCUCCCUCCUACCUCCAACCCUCUUCCCUUCCUCCUUAACUCUGUACUAAGCUGGCCUG